CCCCCCCGGCCCUCCGUCCGCCCCCCAGUGCACUCUGCGGGGAGGGAGGGGCCGGUCGGGCGGGGAGGGCCCGUGUGGCCACUCCAGCCUGGAGACCCCCUGAGCGGGCCUCAGUGCGGGGGGAGCCCCUCUUUCCAGUGGGGGGGGUCCCGGCCCGAGGGGCGGGGCCUCAUGGAGGCCGUUGUCCCGGAGGGCCGUGGAGCAGGGGACGCCCCCCAGUCGCCACCCGAAGCCAGGGUGCACUUCCGAGUGACCAGGUUCAUCAUGGAGGCAGGUAUCAAACUUGGGAUGCGCUCCAUUCCCAUUGCCACUGCCUGUACCAUUUACCACAAGUUCUUCGGUGAGACCCAUGUUGAUGCCUAUGACCCCUACUUGGUUGCCAUGUCUUCCCUUUAUCUGGCUGGCAAGGUGGAGGAGCAGCACCUGCGUACCCGGGACAUCAUCAACGUUUCCAACAGGUACUUCUACCCGGGGAGUGAACCCCUGGAACUGGAUGCCCGCUUCUGGGAGAUGCGAGACAGCAUUGUGCAGUGUGAGCUCCUGGUGCUGCGAGUCCUGCGUUUCCAGGUUUCCUUCCAGCACCCCCACAAGUAUUUACUCCACUACCUGCUUUCUCUCAAGAACUGGCUGAACCGCUAUGGCUGGCAGCGGACCCCCAUCUCCAUCACAGCCUGGGCACUGUUACGGGACAGUUACCAUGGGGGACUAUGCCUCCGCUUCCGAGCUCAGCACAUAGCCGUGGCAGUGCUCCACCUGGCAUUGCAGGCCUAUGGUGUGGAAGUACCCGCUGAGGCUGAGGCUGAGAAGCCCUGGUGGCAGGCCUUUAGUGACGACAUAACCAAGCCAAUCAUUGAUAACAUUGUGUCUGAUCUUAUUCAGAUUUAUACCUUGGACACAGAGAUUCCCUAAGGCUCUGGCUAGGCCUGCCCAAAGAGGAGCCCUGGUCACCUGGUCCCCCGAGGACUGGUGGGAAGAUGUCACACCUGCUAUUUGUGCUCUAUGGGCAGCCCUGGCCUCACGCCUGCAGCAGCUGUGCCCCCAGCGGGCAGGCCCAAGCAAGCUGGAGCUGGACCCCAGGCUGGACUCUCUGAGUCAAUCAUGAUUACAUUUGAGACAUGAGAUCAUUGGAUGGAGAAUCAAAGCCCAGAACCAGAUUUAUAGAGAAUGAAAUGUGCUGUAGAGAAAUUCUAUUUUGUCUAAUAAAAGAUGACCCAAAACCAUCCAAGAGGCCCAGCUGCCUUGCUGGUGGUUUUGGUUUCUGCA